CCUCAACCUUGGAGACCUUUAUCGUCCUCGAUAGAUUCGAAAUCGCUUUUCCUACUUGUUUCACUACCAUGAACGGUUACUCCAGGGCUGAAAAUAGCCACCUCAGCCCUCGGGCUUUCGUCCAUGCGGUUCUCAGAACAUCGCCAGAGUCAUUCCCAUUGAUGGUGGAUUUCUACAAGAAGUUCCUGACGGCGACGGCUGCCUACGAGAACGAUUUUAUCUCUUUCCUCCGAUACGACGAAGAACACCAUCGAAUGGCUGUAGUGGCGAUUCCAAAUACCGCACCAAAGAACCACAAGGCGUGUGGACUUGACCAUCUAGCUUUUGCCUUUGACACGUUGCGAGAUCUUGUCACCUUUUACCAACAGAAAAAGGCCGCAGAUAUUCACCCUAUUUGGUGCAUCAACCACGGCCCCGCGACGAGCAUCUACUACCAGGAUCCGGAUGGCAAUAAGCUUGAGACACAAGUCGACAAUAUGGACCCCGAUUCCGCCACUGCAUUCAUGUACUCCGAGGCCUUUGCCAAGAAUCCGAUUGGCGCCGACUUUGACCCAGAAGAAUUGAUACGCAGGAUUGAGUCAGGGGAAGACGAGGCAAGCAUCAAGAAAAGGCCGGAUGUGGGUCCGCGGGACGUCGACGGUUAUUAGUCAUGACUACAAGUGCAAGAUGAAGCAAAGGCUGUUUCUUAUUUUGAUCUACCUGACACCAAAAAAUAUGUGAUAGCUUACUAGGUAC